CUUUUGAUGCGACCUUGUGCCCUGAUUGUCCCUGACCUUGAGCACAUUGUAUCAGUGUAUCUCCAGAGUUAUGGAUUCAGAGAGUAUAACUCUUUGGCCAGGAGAAUGGUGCUUCUUUUCAAACAUCUUGGGACACAGGUAGAGUUUAGUUUUAAACUAAAUUUUCGUGUGUUUUUUUCAUCAGGCUCCAAGUGAAUUUUAUCUAAUUGAUAAAUUUAUAUUUUUCUGCUUUAAAAGCAUAAUCAAAAAUUUUAAAUGUCUAUAACUCAAUUUUAAAUGUUGGGAUCAAAUUUUUAAUUCAUAAAAUAUUAUUUAUACAAUUUUUUUUAUAAAGCUCUGGAGACAUCAACAACAAAGGAUAAACUUAAGACAAAUGAAACAAGUUCUGUAUCUGGGUUCAGCCAAGAGAAUGAAUGCUGUCUAUCAAGAGAAAAUAGUGCACAAGGAGAAAGCAGAAUGUAAGUUUUAGCUAUGACAUCACAGGAUUUCUUUGAGAUGCCAAGCAAUACCAAAAACAAACUACAAAAAAUACAUGAAUGAAAGAUUACAUUGUAUCAUACAUCUCUUAUAUAUUUGAAGAAAAAAACAAAACAACAUUAUGUGAAAUUUGCUAUGAAUUUUUAACAUUUCACCAUUUAUUAAAUGGCAUGUUAUCAUUCUAGACAUGUAUUUCUAUUGCCUUUCCACAACAUCCUUUUUGUCUUCCUCAUUAUAUACUAUCAACAUUUAACCAAAAAGUUAAAUUAAAAAUUAUUAUGUGGCUUCUAUAAAAAGGUAAUUAGGAAUCUCUACCAUUGAAACACAAAUUAUUAUCCACACAAGAAAUGUUUUUUUUUUGGUUUUACUUAAUAGUAAGAAGCGUUGACAGUUAUAGCCACUCCAACAUAGUUCAAGUCUGCUCCAACUUGGGAUGGGUAAUUGAUAGGUAACAAUGGAGGGGUAGAUGUGAUUCAUAUAUGCUUAAGUUCUAUUCCCACUUCAUGGGAUCUUUAGAUUACAAUAAAUUAUGUAAUAGCUGCUCCUUGUUGUAUUUUAAAAUUUGCAUCAUAAAAAGUUUCAAGCACACAUUUUUCAAACUAUGCUCUCAGUAGGUACUAGUCACAAGAAGGAUCAGUGCUCAGUGGCUGAAACUGAGGAAGACAGCCUGGUGUUUGCCAUUAGAGAGUUGUUAACCCCUGGAACAGAAAGUGAUGCUGAAUUUACAAUGUUCCUUGACAUUUCGCGUCAAAUAUUUCCCAUUUCUACCAGCCAGCAUGUCAACAAUAAUUCCUCUUUAUUUGACCAAAAAGUCAAAUCUGCAGUUUUGGAAAUCUUUAAAGAGGACCACAUGGAAUCCAAUGACAUGUUUUGCAACAAGGUAAAAAAUUAUAAAUUUAUAUUUUGAUGCUUGUUUAAUACCAAAAUUAAAUAUGUUGAUCUAAGGAUGCAAUUGUUUUCAUAAAUUAACUUUUAACUUUAUUUACUUACAUCAAAAGAAUUCAAAAUUAAAGAAAUAUAACUUUUUUUUUCAAAGAAUGAAGCAAAUUUUCAGUUCUGGUUUUAAUGAUUUGUUGAUGUCAUUAUCUUACAAUUAUCAAACAUUGGUGCUAGGGAUUCUAAAAUAUGUUAACCGACAUACUCACAUUCUUUGGACAUCUUUGAAUUGAGAGUAUAUUACAUUAAUUACUCACCUCGUUAUUUAGUGGUGUUGUGAAGGAAGCUCUAAUAUCUGUUUAUCAAAUUUAAUUUUUUAUGUUGAUAAAAUGAUGACAGUUUUAAUUGAUCUUUCAUCCCAGAUUCUUGAACUGUACACAUCUUUAGAAACCUCAAAUACAGUCAUUCUGUCUGGCCAGCCAGGCAGCGGCAAGACAAAAGCACAUCACACACUUGCCAGGGCAUUAAACAUGCUCAAUUACAAAAUGUAUUCAACCACCCAGACCAAAGAUGAACCAGAUUCUCAAAAUUAUUUACCUGCAAACUACAAAUCUAAUUUCAAGGUAAAGAAUAUAAAUUAAUUUUCAACUUUUGCACUAAGCAAUCUUAAAUGUAACCAAUUUAGGCUUCUGCAGUUCUAGGCUAAAACAAAAAACCCAUUAAAUAUAAACUUUAUAAAAAGUCUCCCUCAAUGGAAUCAUUGAAACCCAAAGCCUACUGUAUUAGUAGUGUUGUAGAGUUCAGGACUGCUCUUGAAAAUAUGAAAAGGACAAAAAGUGAAAAAGUUGAUCCUUAGUGACAAUGGAAUAAUGUUUAUAUUGUUAAUACAAAUAUAUAUAGAUAUUGACAAUGCAAAAAAAACAACAAAAAAAAUAAUUUUUUAAAAAUUCUUUAGGCACUUACAGGAAAAGAUGGACAAGAUUUUGCUAAAUAUUCCAAGAUUGAUGUGGUCCAUCUAUUUCCUGGGGCAAUGACUCCUGACCAGGUGCUACUGAUUUGUUCACUUUUAUUUAUAUAUUUCUAGAAUUAAACAAAUCCUUUAUAUUCAUCAUUUAAUAAUUUUAUUUGAUAGGCUAUUAAUAUUCUAAUGUCCCGCCUGCUUUUACAUCGUAGAUUUAUUUAACCAACUAUUUCAGAAGAGCAAAAGAAAAUAUUAUGCACCAAACGCACUUGCAGUAUUUUUAUGAAUCUCAUUUAGCGCAGUUAUUAGGAAUUUUAUUUUGUGAAAUGAGUGUCAUCGUAUUUCCUUCAUCUUCCCCUUGAAAAACAGGAAAAACUGAUUUUCGUUGGUAGGGGCUGAAAAUUUGAUAGAAUUAAGUUGUCAAUAUUUUUUUUCGUUCAAAAAGCAAGAUCAAAAUCUCAAUGUACAAUUUAUUCAGUAGUUUUAUUUAAUAACCUAUGUUUAUUGUCUUGAUAAUUAAUUUUAAAAAAUUAAAUUGAAGCCCAAUAUUCUUGAAAUGAAUGAAAAUUGAUUUACACUUCGUUACAAUAAAAAGUUUAGCUUAAUUAUUCUUGCUGUUAAAUCUGACAGCUGUUGGGAAGUUUUGAAGAUGGCGUUUGGCAGUGUGGCCUGCUGGAAAAAGUUCUGAGAGAUUCUUACACCAUGUGUCAGGCCACUAUUGCCUUUAUUCAGAACAUGACAGGCCCAGAGAAAAAGAAUGCUAAAUACCAAGCUGAGCUCCCUUCUAUUUUAAAACGCUGGCUUGUGAUGGAUGGACAUCUUGACCCUUGCUGGACAGAUGGGCUUAAAACUAUGCUGGAUAAUGAGAAACGUCUCUCUCUUGGAAGUGGGGAGGGGGUUUUAUUGAAAGGUAAGGGGUCAGCUAAUUAUAUUUUUAAAUCAUAAAUUUCUAAACAAAUAUUUUACAAAAGCAAGAUAUCUGAGGUAAUUUAGAUAUUCAAAGCAGAAAUGGAUCAUAUAUGACCAGCUCAUUGUUCCAGCUAAGCAAGCUCAUACUUAUAUUGCCAUUAGAAAUUUCAUUUCAUCAUGACCAUUUUCAAUUUGUAUCUGCAGUUUUUAAGAUCAUUUUAACAUUUAAUUAUAUUUCAUAACAAGUCACUCUCCUGAAAUAAAGGACCAAAAUUAUGCCCAAUAAAGUUUUGUUAAUCAGUUCAUAAUUAUCCCACCUAAAAAUUUAAUAAUUUACUCCAUCAAAAUUUUUUAAUUAAAAAUUUUAAAAUAGUUUUUGUCUUUUUGUUAUCUAAAACAAGUGUGCACUAUAUAUUUUGCUAAAAUUUAAUUCUUACCUCAAUAUAAAAAAAAAAAAAAUGGGAAUUUUAAUUUCUCAACUAAAAUAAGUGUGCCUCAUAUAUAUUGAUAUCAAUUUUUAAAAAAUGUUGUUUGAAAAAAAAUAAUGAAGUGUUGAAAAGGUUAUCCAAAAAGACAAAUAAAUUCCUUUGUUUACAAGCAUUUUUUUUUAUAUUAGAAAAAUAGAUACAAGUUUGUUUUAAAAAAAAAUGACUUUUGACAUUUUUAUUUCUUGAUAGACUUGACCAACAUUAUUUUUGAAACAACUGACCUUAGAUCAGCAUCACCAUCAAUGGUUUCCCAUUGUUCUGUCAUUCACUUUGGUCCAGCUACAACCCACUGGUCAUCAUUAUAUUUUAACUGGAAGCAAACAGCAACGAGGAAAUGGCUACUCACUGCUGAAGGGUGAGUGGAUUCUAAGAUAAUUUAAAAUAAAUAGAAGAGUUGAGGAGAGAAACACUUAAAAUGCAUAUCAUUUAUUGAUUUUGUAAUACUUUUUAAAAAAUUGACUAAGUGGAAUGCAUUUCAGCUUUGAUACUAUAUGAUGGUAUUAUAGCUAAUCAUAUUUAUAUAUCAGAUGUUUAUUUAUACUGUAUAAACAGUUUUGAUUAGAGCAGUGGUUCUUAACCUGAGUUCGAUCGAACCCCAGGGGUUCGGUGAGCCAGUCUCAGGGGUUGGCGGAGGCCCAAAAAAAAUCAGGAAAAAAAAUCAUAUUUUAUUUUUCCUAUUAAGAAGGGUUCGGUGAAUGCGCAUAUGAAACUGGUGGGGUUCGGUACCUCCAAAAAGGUUAAGAACCACUGGAGCUAAUAUAUUACAUAAUUUUAAAAAAAAAUUUGAUGUAUUUCACAUUUUUAUAGACUAUAGGUAAGGUAGGUUGAACUGAUAAAUUUCAGGAUCUGCAUCAUAAUUAAUUCUUAAAAAAUAUUAACACAAGCCAAAAAAAAAAAAACCUUAUUUCUCGGUGCUUUGAGUUGUAAGUCUGCUGCUAGUUUUAUUUGGGGUUCUUAUUCUGAAAAUCGCAUCAUAUUUAUUGUAACAGCUCUAUUUUUUAAGAGACAGUUGAAUUUAUAAAAAAAAUUAGUUUGCCCUAUAUGAGUCUUAUUAGGUAUCUUUUGCUGAAUUCGGAUAUCAUAAAAACUUUUUUUUUUUAAUUGGGAAAUGUCUGUUUUUAAAUUACAACAAUUUUGUGUUUGUACUAAGACAUUUGUCUAAUUUCUUUUAAAAUAGGCACUGCUCAUCUUUGUUAUGUUCAAAGGACAAAAUUCAAAUUUAUUCUGCGUUAUUAUCUGCAAAAUAUUUAGAUGGCAAAUCAUAAUUGCAUUAGACCACAUAAAUUUUAAUUUCCAAAGCUUCUGAGACUGAUCUGGUAAAAACAGCUAAAUAUAGAUUUUAUUUUCAAUAUGGCGGAAAUGUGUACUGAGUUUGAAAAUAACACACAUUUAUUUUCAUCUAAAGCGAGAGAAGGAUUAGCUUCCAAUUUACAGAAGACAAGAAUUUAGUAUCUUGAAAUGAUAUCAUAAAGUUUCUGAAGAACUUUGAUCUUUCAGAAUAUAACUCAUGUGUUUGGUGUCUUUUCAUCAACUGCCAAUCCAUUUUUAAUUUGUUCUUAUCAUCAAUGAGAACAAUAAUUAUGGUUCUUUUCCAAUCGUUCCAUCCCCAUGUUGAAAGAAAAAUACAAAGCCAUUUCUUCAGCCUUUGAAAAGAUAAAUACGCUUUUUUCAAAAUACCAUUGAGCGAUUUGAGUGGACUUGAAAUUUAUUUUUCACCCAAUUUAAAAAAGUUUGAAUUUUGAUGGUCCACAGUUCAGAAAUGAAUGAUAUUAAAUCAUAUGUUAAUUCUUCAUUUGUUCUUGAUGUGAUAAAUAUUCUUCCAUUCACUUAAAUGGCUGUCCAGAAAACAGUAGGCGAAGAUAAUGUGAAAGAUUUCCCAAUAAAAUAUCCAUGCAACAGCCACCAAAUACCAAGUAACUUAAAAUGCACAUAUGAUGGAGAUUUUUGUUGGAAUCUUAUUUGGGAUUAUCCUGAAAGAUCCUAUCUUGUCUUACUAAAGGAGCUUCAUUUAUGUAGAAUAAUAUUUCAAAACGUUCAGUAAAUCUGUGCCCUUGAUAAAUAAUUAAGCACAUUUUCAUGUAGCAAACUUUCUUUAAAUAACCAUAAUUAUGCUUCAUGAUUUAAAAUGAAACAUCUCAAAAACUAGAGCUGAUAAGGGAACACAUUUUGUGUAGACCAGUAUAUAAUAAAUGUCUCUUAUAUAUAUUUUGCUUUCAGUGUGUCCUGCUUCCUCUUCACAACCGGCCCUCCCCCAACUCCACAUGUUUUAUAUUAAUAAUACUGAAGAAAAAAAUAGCUGUCACGCAUCGAGCUUUCAUCUGAACUCUGUUCAGGUUGAUUUUACUCUUUAGGGGGAGGCCACUAUUCUAUUAAUCAAUAAAAAGCCAUGGGUACGGUGUAUUUCUUUCUCUAGGCCUGUUAUGUAAAGGCCGGCAGGUAGGGUGUAGGAUUGUCUGUAGGCCUAUUGUUUAAAGGCCUGCAUAUAUAUUAAAGAAAAAUGAGAAAUUAACUUUUCUUUGUAUCACUUGGACCCACCAAGUAUUUUCUCAAAAUAACUGGACAUGGUGUAAAAAAACUGCACCAGGUUAAGCCCCAGUUUGUAAUAUUAUGCUUCAUGCUUGCAAAAUGGCAUAUGUUUAGUCUCUGCAAAACUAAAACAGUUAGGAGAAAACAUGUAUGUUAGAAUCAGCAUGUGAAAUAUAACUAAAAACACUUUAGGCACCUAAUCAAUUUGUAAUAAUUGCUCUGUUUUUUUUUUUAAAACAGACUUAAAAUGUUGGAUGAAAUUACUCAGGAUGUGUUUCCCCCUACAAUAAAAUUUCUCACCCAGACCUGCCAGACUGCACUCUUGACGGAUGUAGGGGGAGAAGCUACUGCAGCUAACAGUGUCACUCCUGGUGUCACAGAAACAUCAGCUUUCAUCAGCAUUUUUUCUGCUCUGCUGGACCGAGUUAUGAACCGGGAAGAGAUUGAGAAGAAAGUCAGAAGAGAAGGUCCUUAUUUUUUUCAUUGGCCUUAAAAAAAACAUGAUAAUUUAUAGACUUUUGCAACUUUCAAAUUUUUUAAUACUUAAUUAGAUUAUCAAAUAUAUCCAAACGAACAAUAAAUUCAAUUCUACCUUUGAUAUUUUAUAUAUUAAAUUUAAAUAUUUUAUUAUCUUUCUAAAUUAAUUUUUUUAUUUAAAUGUUCUGUGUAUAAUUAUUUUAUUGAGUUUUCUACAUUUAUUAGUUUUAUUUUUCAAAUAAGUUAUUUUAGAAAGUCAUUAGUUAUAUUUAUGCAAAAAAAUCUUAAUUUGUUUUUUCAGGACCUCCAACCAGUGUUAAGGAAGACACCCCACCACAAUCCAGAAAUAUAGGCAGUCGUUUGACAAAUACAUCUCAGAUAGAAGCUGUUCUUCCUAAUUAUCAAGAGAACUUAAAGAACAUGUUUGCUUUUGCCUACAUUUGGGCUUUUGGUGGCCAUUUACAUGACCGGUUAGAACAAAAUUUUAAAAUAAUAUUUAAAAAAAAAAAAAAAAAAAAAAAAAAAAAAAAAAAAAAAAAAAAAUAAAAAAAAAAAAAAAAAAAAAAAAAAAAAAAAAAAAAAAAAAAAAAAAAAAAGGUAUGUGCACCUUUCCCAGGUUUAGGAUGAUGAUAUUUUUAUUUCUGCUGACAAUAUUUUCACACAUUGUUUUUGCACAUUGUUUUCAAUCAGAAUUAUGCAAAUCAUAAAUAAAUUAUUUUGUGACAUUCCUUUUGAGUCCAAGUUAAAUGAACACAAUGUGAAAUUUUGACUUUUUCUAUUUUAAAAAAAUGGUUUAAAAUUGUUAGUACUUUGUUACCUAUGCUGUUAGUUUAAGAAUUUUAUAAAUUUUAGAAUUUCCUAAAUUUCUCUAUUUUAUUUUUACUUUAAUAGAUACAAAGAAAGUUUUAGCAAAUUUGCCCAUGAUGCACUCUACCGUGCCACACACUCUGUGCAGCUGCCAAUCUCAGGACAUGUCUAUGACUACUAUAUUGAUGAGAAAACAUCAGGUUUUGCUAAGUGGAGUGAAAGGCAACAACAAGACCGUAUAAAAAAUCUAGCAGGCUUUUAUGUGACCCCUGAGGUACAUUUAUGAUUUGUGGAGAAAAAAAAAAGAGUAUAAUUUGAUUUAUUACCUUAGGAUGGAAUGCCCACUAUCUCUGAAAUUCUGUGUCUUCAGGAUAAAAAUUUAACUAUUUAAAAAAUUUAUUUAUGUGUUAAAACCAAAGGUUGACAAUGUAGUUCCCUCAAUUCUUGUGUGCCUUAUAAUUAAAUGUAUAAAUAUGUAUGUAUAAAUAUUUAUUGUUAAAACUGUACCAAUUUAUUUUCCCAAAUGAUUAUAAUUAACUAUGUUCAGGUUGACCGUUAUGCUUACUUGUUAGAACUUCUGAUAUCUGCCAAUCAACCUGUUCUACUUGCUGGAGCUCCAGGUGUUGGCAAAUCUUCUUUAGUGCGGGUGAGAAUGUUAAAUCAUUUAUUGAUCAACUAUUAUUUAGUAUCUAAAUUGAUAAAAUUGAAAAUGGCCAUAUAUAUAUUAACAUAUCCCUAUUUAAGCUUUUCUGAAAGAGAUUUGACAAUAAAGAGGGAAAUGAGUUGGGGGGGGGGGGGGUAACUUGGAGUUUUCUAAAAAAAAAGGAGGGUUUAUUAGAAUAUACUUUUUUAAACUAAUUUUUGAAGACAUGGCUGCAAGAUUGCGUUCAAAAAAAAAAAGCCUUAGAAAAUGUAUGUGUUUUGACAAUAAAGAGGGAAAUGAGUUGGGGGGGGGGGUAACUUGGAGUUUUCUAAAAAAAAAUGAGAGUUUAUUAGACUAUACUUUUUUAAACUAAUUGUUGAAGACAUGGCUGCAAGAUUGCGUUCACAAAAAUGAAGCCUUAGAUAAUGUAUGUGUACAUAUUUAUACCAGGUUGUCAAGUGGUCAUCAAGUCUGCCAGUAUGUCCCUUAUAUUUCUGUAUGCUGUUUAAAACUGUCUUAUCUUGUUAUAUAAAAGUAUGUGAGUAUUACGUUUAUCUUGUAUUGUAUCAUUUUCAUAUACCAGAGCAUGGUCCUGUCAAAAACAUCAUCAACAAUGGUCAAUAUGUCAAAAGGUUUUUCCUCAAGUGUCCUGCAGGAUCUGAUCUUGGCUCACGUGCAAGCUGUUCAGAACAAGAACAUUACAAGAGUUGGCGGAGCAGCCGGUAACCAGGACCAGCCAAGGCAUCUUUUCUUUUUGGAUGACCUCAGCAUGGCUCCCAACAUAGGAAGUAAUGAAAUUUUAUUUGUGGUGCUCCUUGUGCAGCUUUAAUGUCUUAGUGAUCAAAUAAGAGAAGAGAAACUAUCAAGAGAUAUUUUUGAAGACUGCAAUAUAAGGCUUCUGCAGCUAACUUCGGGAAAUAGACCUAACCUAAAACAAUUUCCAUACAAAUUAAUUGCAUCAGUUUUUUUUAUUUUUGAACUUUCAGGGUACCAGCCACCCCAUGAACUUUUGCGCAGUAUUCUCACAACAGGUGGAAUGCAUGACAAGCAAAGGAAGCAAUUUCAGAGGACAAAAGAAGCAGCUUUUAUUGCUGCCACCACAUUACCAUCUGCACCAGGUACAUGUCUUACUUGGCAACACAAUGUGGAGAAAAUUUGUUUGCUUUUAAUUUUUAUUCUUAUUUUGUUUAGCUUAACUUUUAAUUUCUCUUAUAUAAAAAGCAUAACUUUAUAGACACAGGUUUUUUGGCUCAUAAUGAAUUUCCUUUCUGAAUAAAUAGAUUUAAUGAAAAAAUUCCAGGUAUUUUUUUUCUCUUCACCUAAACAAUUUAUUACACAUUAGCAUACAAAAUUAUGCAUUAUGUUUCUCACAACUUCAAAGAUUUCUAGGAGCCUCAAGCAUUUUAUUACAAAUCAUGAACUGUAGACAUAGUGUUAUGUAUCAGAAUCAGAUUUAACAAAUUUGAUUUUAAAAAAUUUAAAAUUGAUCAUUAGCAAACAGUACACAAUAAAAGGGUGAUACCAUUCAUUAAAUAUACUAAAGAAAGAACGAUAACACAAAUAGUGCUAACUACAUGUAACAAUUUCUUUAUGCUAACAAUUCUGAUAUCAAAGCACAAAAUCAGAUCUAUAGAAAUAAUAACUCCAUUAACUUAUAACAUGUGAAUAUGUUUGUUAUAGAAAUGUAACACACAUAGAGAAAGUCUUGUAAGUCUCUCAGGUCUUUUAUUUCUUGUAUCUCUAUUGGUCACAGUUUACUGUCUUAAAUUAUAGUCUAGGGGGGAGAAGUUUCCAGAAUCAAAACUCUAGCUAGAAGGUCAAGUGAGCAUUCUCUAAGACCAUGUAGUACCGUCUAAUAAGAUGGGGAAAAGGAGUGAUCAGACAAUGACUGGCGUAAGCAAGGACAAGUUAAUUGGUGUUGACAGUUACAAAAAACAAAAGGGGAGAUACUCCUACAGUAGCCUACUGGAUGCAACACCAAAGUCUACUACUGAGGGCUAAUUACACAUGGAUUAUAAAUUAAAUUACUCUUGUGGGCUGGCUAGAAAUCUCAAGAAAAAAGAAUACAAGGAAUGUAAAGAGUUAAAAGGACAUGAUGGUUCAACCACUGGUACAAUAUCUUUUGUGAUAAAAUCUUUUUUUUUUCCAGGUACUGGCCUUGGCCUGGCCUGUCAAGUUAUGACCUCUCGUCUCACCAGACGUUUCGUAAACCUAACAGUGUUUACUCCAUCUGAAGAUGCGCUGGUGACUUUGUUUUCAAGGCCUCUACAAACAUGGCUGGAAGAAUUCCCGACCUAUUCAGUUGAGCAUCACACAGAGUUUGCCAGGGUAUUUUAAAAGUUAAAUUUUAAAUUUGCUUGGACAAUGCCAUAGGCAUGGAAUAAUUUGACCAUAUGGCAAUCUGUUUUAUUGAGGUUGUGGAAGAAAUAAAAAAAUCUGCAAAUUAGGAAAGUCUUGGAAAAUGAUGUGGUUACAUUAAGUCUUUUAUAAGAACUCUUUGUAACUUUUCCUUGUAUUACAGAAGACUAAUUAAAUUAAAACAGUUGAGCAGCACACUGAAUGAGCAUAGGUUCCAUAACCUUAUUGAUUCCUCGUAACAAAUUGUAUUUCCCUCUAUUGACAGCACUGGUUGACGUUAAGUUUAUAGGUUAAUUUUUUCCUUCUGAUUUAACAGAUGACUUGUACUAAAUAAAUUUAAAAAGUUGUGCACCCUUUUUGUCAGCUGAAAAGAUAUUAUUUAUAUUGUUUCCUUCAGGCAAUGUGUCAAGCUUUAUUAGAGCUGCACCAAUCUGUCAAAGACAAACUCAGGCCAAGCCCAUCCCAGGCACACUAUAUAUUUUCUCUGCAUGAUAUAAACAAAGUUGUGCAAGGAAUGCAGCUCAUGUCACCACGCACUCACAUCAAAAAAGGAAAAACAAAGAAAAAAGGUUCAAGAUAUUUUAAGCAAUAGGAUAUAAAUCAAAAUUUUAAACAUUUAGACAACAUUCAACUUUUACUUUAUUCUAAAAAUUCACUUAAAUUUUUUCUUUACUUUAAUUUGUUUUGUUUUCUUUAUUACACUUGAAAUAUGAUGUGAUGCAUCUAAGCUAUGUAAUAAAUUAUUGAAAUAUCUUUUAAACAUUGAAAUGAUUCUUUAGGUGAGAAAGGGCAUAAUCGUACAAGUGACUCUGAGAGCUCUGCUCCUAUGAUGAAAGUUAUUGCUCAGUUAUGGUGCCAUGAAGUCACUCGUAACUUUGGGGACAGGAUUCUCCACACUGAAG